AGUCCUCAGCCACACUCCAUCGCUGGCGGGCGGACACCUGAAGGCGACUCCAGCGAAGUCAGGAAAGCACACAGACAGCGCGUUGGGUGAAGCAACAUCCUCAUCGACCAUAUCUUCCCCAGUAGCUAGACAUCAUCACCAUGAAGUCCCUGUAUGUGUUGAUGGUCCUCUGUGUGUUCCUGGUGACCACGGUGACCGGCCAGGGCAGUGUUGGGGUCACCAACCCGGACGGUGUUGGGGUCACCAACCCGGACGAACCCGUGCCAGAAAAGGCGCCGAGCGAGAAUGGAGCUUCCGAUGAUCCUGCUGUGGCAGAGAGAUAUGGACCCGGAUCCGGACACGGAAGCGGCAGUGGACACGACAACGAUGACGGACACGGGCAUGGCAGCGGGACCGGACACGGACAUGGCAGCGGCCACGGACACGACAACGAUCACGGACAUGGCAGCGGCAACGGACAUGGCAACAACCAAGCACAAGGACAUAAGAAAAAGUGCAAGAACUCUAAGGAGUGCAAGCGAGCCGGAGGAAGAUGUCAGGCAAUGAAGUGUGGCUCACAGGAACGGGAGAUCCAGCACGCGUGUCGGAGCACCGAUUCCAACAACUACAACCCUAGGCACUUUGGUGACAACGACAACUUUGGCAACGGUGGUCACUCCGGCAACGGUGGACACUCUGGCAACGGUGGACACUCUGGCAACGGUGGACACUCUGGCAACGGUGGACACUCCGGCAGCAGUAACUCUGGCAGAAACAUGUGUCGCUGCUGUAUACACAAAGAUGACUACCUUCAUAAUGUAGUGAGAGUGAAUGAAGGGAAUGAAGGCGCACAAGGAGAAGAAGCACCUCAAGAAGGAGAGGAAGAUGCAGAAGAAGAAGGAGAAGAAGAAGGAGAGGAAGAAGAGGAGGAGGAGUAGAACCUGAAACACACACCUGACUGCUAAUUAUAGAGACUAUAACAAGUCACAUGUUUUAUAACACAGGGAUACCCAGGAUACUAGCACUUACUAGCACGCUAACAUCAAUGGCCUCUACCAUGACUGUCUCACCUAACCACUACCAUGAUGUACUUACCAUGACGUUACACUAAGCCUACUCCACCUGCCGUAAUACAUCAGUCAUGAGAAAAACCUCAGAUAAUUAAUACUGUCGCCAUGACACACUUGCCACAGAUGGCAACUUCUCACUUGUGUAACACAUGUGAACUGCUGUUUUGUGUCUGGUUCGACACCCAUGGCAUUCUUGACCUAUUCAUGACAUUCUUGACAUAUUCAGGACACUCUUGACAAAGUCAUGACAUUCUUGACAUAUUCAUGACACUCAUUCGUUUCACAUGCCUGUGAGAUCAUGCUUUUAACAUUUGUCAACAACAACAACAUAUUUCUCCAUGUGUUUUCGUAAUUGUUUUCUGCACAAAAAAUGGUGCUUGCAAUUGCCGCUCGCAAGAAUAAAAUUAUUGCAACAAAAUA